AUGACCAAUGCGUAUUUGCACCAUAAAUGCUACGUCACUCAAGGAAAGUACAAGCCGGGAAGCCAGGACGAGAAAGACCUCAAUAAGAUAAUCCGUUCCAUCCCUAUGUACAGUAAUUUUAGCAUUGGUUUCGAAUACAUGGCCUUUGGUAAAGAUCCUGAUUUCGUCUCUGUCAUCCAUCAGUGCCGCGGUGACUCCUAUGGCCCCAAAUGCCGCUCUUGCUAUGCCACCGCCGUCUCUGGGCUUCAAAGGAGAUGUCCGAGAAACAAAGGGGGAAUAAUAUGGUACGACCACUGUUUCCUCAAAUUUAAUGCGGUCGAAUCAUUAGAGAAGAUCGAUUACGAUAACAAUUUUUGUAUGUCCAAUGCGAAGAACGUGAGCAGCACUAAGCAGUCUUUCGAGAGGAAGUGGGUGCGUCUCCUCGGCGAUCUAGCAACUAAAGCCUAA